UUGUGUGGUUUGUUUAAACAAUAAAUGUGAAAAAUCUAAUUUUUGUUAUUUUUUCUCAUAUCCGUUGAAUGUUUGUCAUAUUUAGAAUCAGUUUUGAAACUAUUCUAGCUGUGUUAACACAUUGUGAUGAUGGACAGAAAAUUGAAAAUAAAAUAAAUUGUAUAAAAAUAUGUUAACAAAGAUAAGCCGUUUGUUUUUGAUUGUUACACUAGUUGGCACUACAAUGACGAGUGUUAGAUCUUUGUGUAUCUAUACCGUACCGCCAUCGUGUUUAACCGAUUUAACAUCCGAAGAGGCAAAUGAAACCCUGGAUUAUGUCCUCAGUAAAUAUGAAAUGGUGGAAAUGAAAAUUGUCGGAGAACCCAUAUCCGUUUACGGCUUGCGCCUGACACACGGCGAUGAUGAGGAAGAAAUCAACAUUCAUUUCAAAUACCUCGACAAUACCAUGUAUGACAUCAUUCAGCAUUGUGUAUUUGCCGUUUAUCAUCGCCCCAAUGAAUGCGAACUGAUCAGGACCAUUUGCAACACCUUCCUACCGAUUACGCCACGUCCUCUGUUGGAGCGCACAGAUUUACGUGUGUGUGACGAUGGCAAUGAUGUACAACUUGUUGAAGCGGAAGACAUUGAAGAUGAUGAUGGAGAGAAUACGACAACAAUGACGGCAGCAGCAGCUGACGGUGAUGGACAGGAAUCUCGUCAGAAGCAACAGUCAGCUCAAGGAGCCAAUGAUGGGAAUGACGAUGACGAUGAUGAGGAAGAGGAAAAUUAACAAUGUUGUGAAUAGAAAUACAUAGAUAUGAAUA